AUGAGUUUCUACCUUCAGACAUCAGAGGUCCAGGCAUAUCUAGGAGAAAGCGUUAUCUUGUCCUGCAAUGGUUCAGGAUUCCCUGUGGAAGAGCUGCACGUUCACUGGGAGGCGAUGGGCAAAGACGUCAUCUCUCUGCGUGGAGAUGUUGUCAUGGUCGGGAGAGGGUUUGAAGACCGGGUGAACUUCCUCAGUGAUCCUACAGAAUCUGAGGACUUUUCCCUCAUUCUGUCAGAUGUGAUGCUGAAUGAUGGAGAGAUAUAUGAAUGUCUCUGGGAGGGAACAAAACCCAUUUGCUCUGUAUUACUACAGGUGUCGACGUUUUUCACCAAUUAUGUGGAAGCGUUUGAGGGUGACGAUAUCACUUUGGAGUGCUUUGGACAUAUUCCUAAAAAUAAACCAUGGGAAGACAUUUAUGUCCAAUGGCUGAAAGAUAACAGAGAAAUCCUGCGGUUGAGCUCUGGAAAGAUGGACGUCGGUAUUGAUUACAGCAUCAUGAAAUUACCGCCCAAACACGACAUCAGUCGCGGUAUCUUCUCAUUGAGCAUCACGUCAGUAAGUGUUUUUGACCAGGGUGUUUAUCAGUGCCGUUACAAGAGCACAGAUUAUGAGGCGCCGCGGAGUGGGUUCCCAGAGACGUACACACUCACUGUUUGGGGUGUGUUUUCAGAUGUGACAAGCAGCACAGAGUCUCUCUCCAGCUCCAGCGUGGUCUCUCAUACUCACACAAGCACAAGCGUGCCAGUUUGGACAUCUGUUGUGAGUGUUGAGACUGAAGCGAGUGCUCAGACCGAAAUCAGCAGCUCUGUGCCAAAUCACACAUAUGCUGGCAGCACUCAGACUCAAACCAUCAGCUCUCUGCCAACGCUAACAUAUGCUGAAAGAGCCGAAG